CAUGCGGAUUUUGCUCGCGACAACUCGAUUUCUGCGCGGAAUUACGUCAAUUCUGCUCCGCUUGCACGCUGUUUUCUGCUCGCGAACACGAGGAUGAGCGCGUCGAUUACGUUUCAGCUGAAAUUGGUCGCUUUUCACUGGUGAAGCUGGUCAUGCGCUGCUCGUCGUUACGGGGAGCUCGCCGUGGCUUUUUAUCGUCUCGUCACGUCAAUUCUGCUCGCCGUUCGAUGCUCGCCGCUUUAAGGCAGUUACUAUCUGUAACCUCCGCCGCAGCUCAACAUCAGCUGUCGCUGAACGUCCGCGACGACAUUUGCGACGACACUCGCGGCGACAAGCGCGACGACAUUCGCGAUGACCAGAGCGGCGACAAUUGCGACGAUAAUCGCGACGACAAUUGCGACGAUAAUCGCGACGACAAUUGCGACGACAAUCGUGACGACAAUCGUGACGACAAUCGCGACGACGAUCGUGACGACGUUCGCUGACCGAUGUGUCAAGGUGCUUCGCCUCACUUCCUCUCCGCCGAGUCUCAGCGUGAGAGAUCACUUCCUCGUGGCUGGCUGCUGGCUGCUGGGCUUCGUCCCGUUACCGGCUGACGCAUCAGCAGUGGCGUCUCAGCGGCGCUCGAAAUGAGAAGCUGAACCCUUUUCGUUUGAGCUAAGUAUCAUGGCGCCUUGCCGUGCCUGCCUCUCGCUUCGCCACGUUCCCGUCAUCAUCAUCUCAUCCCUCACUUUUUCUCCCGCCCUCCCUCCCUCCUCCCACUCUCCCCGUUCUCUCUCCUCCACCUUUCCGCCUCCCCCCUCUCAACCCCAUGGCGCACAGUGCAGAGCAGCGCGCAUAGAGUCCAGUCCAGGUCAGGGGUUAGGCUACUCUAGGGUCCUGUCUGCCUGCAAGCUGUGCUGCUGUUGUUCCUCCCCCCCUCCCCACCCCCGCUGCAUAGCUCGCGCUCGUGUGCCAUGGGUUAUCCUCCCCUCACCCCCGCCCCCCCCAAACCCCAUCCCAACCCUUUCCCAACCCCACCCCUCCCCACCCCCUCGCUCUCCCUCCAUCCCGCGCACAUCACACCUAUUCAUCGCCGUGAAUGCCUUGUUUCUCUGUUUUCCUGGAUCCGAAUUGAAUCAUUCUCAGUCAUUUCCGCUCUGGCGGCGUCCAUCCCUCCGCCAUUCACUCAUCGCCUUCUCUCCGCCCUCUUCUCCUCUCGCCCCCUCAGGCGUGCCUCUGACUGACGUCCCGCUCGCAUUGGCGCCGGCAGUAGCUGCAGGGGAGGCAGCAGCAUGUCGGCAGCAGUGCAGCUGCAGCGGCAGCAACAGCGGCACUCCAAAUAGCAAUUAGUUAUCCCUCCAGCGCUCACUGCAUCCUUGUGCACACCCUCCCCCAUGCACUCCCACCCUCCCACCCGCUCCCUUCCCACCCACCUGUCCACCCUCCACCUCCCCUCGCCUCCACUCCCCUCUCAACCCCAUGGCGCACAGCGUGAGCAGCGCGCAUAGGGUCCAGUCCAGGUCAUGGGUCAGGCUACUCUAGGGUCCUGUCCGCAUGCAU